CCAGAUAAUAAUGUUGUAGCAGUAAAUAGGCCACAACCAGCUGGUAAUACUAACGUAUUAACAAAUACGGAUGCACCUGCUAACACGGACACCUUUACCACAAACGACAACACACCACUACCUCAAACUGAAGCAGCACCACAAACUACUGCACCGUCUCAGGAACAAGUACCGACACUUACAGACACUGCACCACCACUUCAAACUGAAACAGCAUCACAAAUUACUGCGCCGUCUCAGGAAAAAAUACCGACACCACCUCAAACUGAAACAGCACCACAUACUUUUUUUGCAGACGGCACUUUGCCGAUAUUUACAGAUACUACAUCAACUCAAACUAAAACAGCGCCAUCAACUACAGAUACUUUUAUUGUAAGCAGCACAGAGAGCGUAAACGGUAAUGAGCAGAGCCAAGCUGAAUCUCGAACAGUUCAACAGCAAACAUCUCAAUCUCCUUCUUCUCGACAACAACAAACUCCCAAACCGUCACCAACAUCAUCAAAAGAUAAAAUUCUUGAUGUAACAUUGUCCGCAACAAUUUCAUCUGUAGUCGGUGUAGAAGUUGGGGUCGGA